GGCUUCCCGGGGCAAGGCGGCGUGGGGGAAGAAGUUGUAGGGUGGGGGCAGGAGGGAGGAGGAGGGGAGAGAGAGGGGGAGGAGGCCGCGGCGGGGCAGGGCGGGGACUGCCUGCCCGCCUGGGUUGCGGAAGUGGUAGCCGCUGACCGAGCCUGCUGCUUUCUCGCUACUGCUUCGGCUUCCCGGCUCCCCCCUGGACGGAGAGGGCGACCCUGCUGUGGAUGGUCAGAUAGCUCCGAUCUCCCGCCGCUAAUCCCUGGCCCCAAUCAGCACGGAGCAGACGGCGGCAGCGGCAGUAGCAGGCGAGGAAGAUGGCGGGACGGCUGCCGGCCUGUGUGGUGGACUGUGGCACGGGGUAUACAAAACUAGGAUAUGCUGGAAACACAGAACCACAGUUUAUCAUUCCUUCCUGUAUUGCUAUUAAGGAGUCCGCAAAAGUGGGUGAUCAAGCUCAAAGGAGGGUGAUGAAAGGUGUUGAUGACCUAGACUUCUUUAUUGGUGAUGAAGCAAUAGAAAAACCUACGUAUGCAACAAAGUGGCCAAUUCGCCAUGGUAUAGUUGAAGAUUGGGACUUGAUGGAAAGGUUUAUGGAACAAGUGAUCUUUAAAUAUUUAAGGGCAGAACCAGAAGACCAUUAUUUUCUUUUGACUGAACCUCCACUGAAUACUCCAGAAAACAGGGAAUAUACUGCUGAAAUAAUGUUUGAGUCCUUCAAUGUUCCAGGCUUGUACAUUGCUGUGCAGGCUGUUCUUGCCUUAGCUGCAUCUUGGACCUCAAGACAAGUAGGAGAACGGACAUUGACCGGUACAGUAAUAGACAGUGGAGAUGGUGUCACCCAUGUCAUUCCUGUGGCUGAAGGGUAUGUGAUUGGCAGCUGUAUUAAGCACAUUCCAAUCGCAGGACGAGAUAUAACAUAUUUUAUUCAGCAGUUGCUGAGAGACCGAGAAGUAGGAAUCCCUCCAGAGCAAUCCUUGGAAACUGCUAAGGCAGUAAAGGAGCGCUAUAGUUAUGUCUGCCCAGAUUUAGUAAAAGAAUUUAACAAGUAUGACACAGAUGGAUCAAAGUGGAUUAAGCAAUAUACUGGAAUCAAUGCUAUCUCAAAGAAAGAAUUUUCUAUUGAUGUUGGUUAUGAGAGAUUCUUGGGACCUGAAAUCUUUUUUCAUCCAGAGUUUGCUAAUCCAGACUUUACUCAACCUAUCUCAGAAGUUGUAGAUGAAGUAAUUCAGAAUUGCCCUAUUGAUGUCAGACGUCCUCUCUACAAGAAUAUUGUCCUCUCUGGAGGUUCAACCAUGUUCAGGGACUUUGGACGUCGCUUGCAAAGAGAUUUGAAAAGAACUGUAGAUGCCAGGCUGAAAUUAAGUGAGGAAUUGAGUGGUGGCAGAUUGAAGCCAAAACCUAUUGAUGUACAAGUCAUUACACACCACAUGCAGCGAUAUGCAGUUUGGUUUGGAGGAUCCAUGCUGGCUUCCACGCCUGAGUUCUACCAAGUAUGCCACACCAAAAAGGAUUAUGAAGAAAUUGGACCUAGCAUUUGUCGUCACAAUCCAGUGUUUGGAGUCAUGUCGUAAAAUUGAUUUCAUAAUUAUUGGGGUUAGGGAGGUGGGGAAGAAAUAAUCUUUCUGAUUACCUGUUUUGUCUGGAUGGCUGGUUUUGAGGUUUUAAACCUGACUUGAAGUAAGAAGACCAAACAUAAUUAUACAGGAAUAUUUUAAUAAGUAUAUCAACAUGAGAAUGUAGAGGAGAGCCAAAAUGAUUGUUUUUCUUUAGACUGGAUAUUUGAAUCUUAUGUGUAACAAAAAGAAGUGGGUUUUAGUUCUUUCUGUGCCCUGAUAUUUUGUAUAUUAUUGAAUUAUCCAAGAUUUGAUGGGAUUUAUCGGUAUGUAGAUAGCUCUAUAAUGCUUGAGUUGUACACUUCUAAGUGUGCAAUGCAAGAGCUUGUUUAUAUUUCAUACUUUUUAUACUUUGAGGAAAAAAGUCAAAGAAAAACUAGUAUUUGAGGAAAAACAAGUGACCAAGUAAAGGAUAAAUUAAGAAAAAAAAAAGCCUCAUGAGACUUGGCGUACACACACACUCAUGGGAUUCCAGUUAUUACAAAUGGCUUCCACCCCCUUGUACCCCACAGUGGUUUUCUUUGCAAGUGCUUUUGGAACUAAGAAGCUAGUAUCUUGGAUUAACUGAUGCCCACUAGUGCUUUCUGAUUACUCGAAUCCUGUUUCUUGCUUUAAAGAAAAAGUAAAGAUAAGACUGUUGGACCAGUACUGCAGUUCUGUAGUGUCAUUUCUUAUUAAAAAUAAAUAAUUUGAUUACCAAAAUUGGUAUAUUUAAAGCCUAACACCAUUCUAAUAAAGGCACAAAUUUCUUUUUAAUACUUGUUUCAAGCUCUUUAAUCUCUUUAUAAGUUAACUAAUCUAUUUUCUUCAAACCUCUGCAAUAGUUCUUUAAAAUCACAACAGUUGGUUAGCAAGCUCACUUUUUUAUGUGCUCUAAACAAAUAAUUGUGAAAUUUUAAUACAUUGAGUGCUUUCAUUUUGAUAACUGGAUCUCCAUUUGAUAUUUUCAUUUGUAUAACUCAUUUGCAGUCUGAAAAUUUUUUUAGUGCCAGUCCCUGACAUAUCAUGGAAAGUUAAUUUUCUUUGCAUUUUAAAAUAUCUGGACCAUGAAGAAAAAGUGAUGAAAAUAAAUUAAAACUGAAUUACCUUUUCUAAUGUUUUUUUUUUUUUUUAGAAGCAGUGUCAUUCUACUUUGUGUGUAUGUAUUUUAUAUGAUUUCUGUUUCUGUUGGAAUAGUGGAAUUCAUUGAAAUCUCUAUAAUGUGUAUGGUAGAAAAUAUCUGUGAACUUGAAAUUUUACCAGUUAUAUUUAUAGAAGAAUAAAAAUAGAAGAUGUUUUUUAGGCUUUUUAGAACUUCAGCAUUAAUGCCAGUGAACACUUGAACUUCAUUAUCCAUGAAAAUGCACAUAGAAUUAGUAUAUGUCUAUCUAAAAGUUAAAGAACAAUGGAAGGGUCUUUGUUGUUUGUAUUUAAUAUAAAGAUAGAAUUGAGGAGUAAACUUUAGAUUUCAUUUAGAAUGAAGCAGGAUACUUAAAAUUGUAUUAAUCAUUUCUGUGAAACUUUGAGUAUGGGAGUAAAGAGCAAAGUGUAUGUCCUCUGGUAGUGGUAGUAUCAGAAUCAAAGAUCUUUUUUUUUUCCCCCUCACUUAAAAAAGUAGUUCAUGAACAUGUUAAAAAAAAACAAACAAACAAAACUAUUCAAACAGUACCAAAGAGUAGUGAAAGUAGGUUUCCUUUUCACUCUGUCUUUUCUUAUUUUCCCAUUACAGUUAGAAAUGUCCUUGUGUCCUUGUAAUUUUCUGUGAAUACAGAAAGAAGUAUAGCUCCCUUAUUUUAACACGAAUUGGAGUUUGCUACAUAUACUGUUCUUCAUUCUGCUUUUUCAAAGAUCUUUUGAUACAGAACUAAAUGGAUAAGCAUUAAAGAUUUCAUCCUCUUGGUCCAAUAAAGUAUUAUUAGCAUUGCCUUAAAUAUGUCUUUUCCACCUAGUAUUAUUGAAUAGUAAAUGAGUAAGCUCAAAAGACAUGUUUACAGAGCCACAGAUUACAAUCUCAUGCAUACUUUUUAAAGAUGUUAACUGAUAUAAAAAUGGUGAAGGUCAAAAAUUUUCCUUUAAACUUACAUGUAUUUAGGGAAACAAGAAGACUCAAACGUUUCCUAUAUAUUUCUUGAUAACCCUUUUCCUCUGCCUUUAUAGGACUUAGCUAUAAUAUGAUAGAAACAGUGCUCUUAUUUCUUCACAUCUUUCCUAUCACUGUAUAUCGUUUUUCAACUUACAGCACCUUUGGUUGUAUAUGUAUAGAUGCUGGCCAAGAUGAAUUCAAAUCUGCAGCACUGAUUCGAUGUCAAGCUACAUGAGCAUGGUACAUUGGAAAAACACCAAACUGAGACCAGUGAUUGAAAUUUUUAUUCUGGUUCUACAAAUUGAUGUUAGAACUCCUUCAACUUUAAUUUUGUUGUUGUUGUUGUUAAAACAUGGAAGAUAAAUUUGUAUAAUCUUAGACAAAUUCUUUGAACUUUCUGGACCUUAAUUUAGUUUACAUAGAAGGUGGUGUUAUAUGGAUUGUAUGGAUUAACAAUGCAGUUUUUAUGAUUUGUGAGAAUUGAUUCAUUUGUGAUAGUUAAGAUGUUUUCUGAUGUCUCCAUUUUAAUAGGCAGGGCUUUGAUCAAUUGGGAAAUAUUAACGGACAGAAAUAAAGUAGAUGAUGUUUCUCGAA